AGCCAUUUUGGCUCAACUCAUCCGGAGCGCUCGCCACCAGCCAUCAAGCAAUGGGACUCGACGACGUCAUUGCGAAACAGCCCGCGGGGAGCCAUGCCAAAUUGAAGGAGCUCCACGCCGAGCAUUGCUUCACGGAGGAGGACCGACCUGGAUUUCUUCGUGACUGCACAUGGGCAGCUCGACGCAGGGCGCCUCGCAGAGUUCGGGAAGUUCCUGGAGUCGAAGACGCUGCCGCAGCGCGGCGCCGCCAAACGCAGGGGCCUCCUCGCGUCCGGGGCUCUGCGCACGCAGGCGCUCAGCAUGCUCGGCGGGGGCGCUGGCGGCCUCCCCCCCGCCGGGCCCGCCGGGGCCCGCGAGGUGGUGACGCCUGCCUCGAAGAGGCUGCGGACAGACCGGGACCGGGACCUCGCGGGGGAGGCCGAGUUCGUCUCCCCGGAGCCCGUCAAGAAGCCGCAGUACAGGUUCACGCCCAAGUCCUCGGUCUCCGGCGGGGACCCUGGCGGCGAGAAGCGCGAGGGGCCGACGGCCGCGGAGGCGGCGCCCGCCGAGGUGCGGCUCCUGGGGGACCCGGCCCUGUGGACUGGCAGGCGGCGGGAGGCAUUCAGUUGGAUGGACGAGUCGCUCGAGGACAGGGCCGCGGAGCGGGACCGGCGGCUCUCGUUGGUGGAGGGCCGCAUCGUCGCCGCGCUGCAGGCCCGGCGGGGCGGCGAGGGCGUCGGGCUGGGGCGGGUCGGGGCCCCGGCGCAGGCAGAGGUCGCCCUGUGCGGCCGCAUCGUCUGCGAGGGCCUCGACGGCCGCCUCAACGAGCGCUCGAUGCUGCUGGAGGGCUCGCGGGCGUCGGCGAACGGCGCCAGGGUGCAGCUCAGCGUGGCCGACUGCGAGAGCCUGGCCGCCUUCCCGGGCCAGAUCGUUGGCGUGCUCGGGAGGAGCGGCUUGAUGGGGACCACCUUCCACGCCAAGGAGCUUGUUCCGGGCAUCCCGCCUGCGCCAGUGGCGGCGAGGAACGAGCGGCCGGUGCGCAUGCUGGUGGCAGCUGGGCCGUUUUGCCUGCGCGACGAUCUGGAUUAUACUCCGCUGGAGCAGGUGCUCGAGCACGCCGCCAGGGAGAGACCGCAAGUCCUGGUCUUGAUGGGGCCCUUCCUGGACGCAGGCAACCAGAAGGUCCUCUCUGGGGAGACCCACCUGCCAGGCAGCGACGAGCCCUGCGCUUACGAGGAGUUCUACGGGCGGCGCCUGCUCCCCCUGCUGCGCCGCGGGCUUGCGCCCCUGCGACAGGGGACCUCGCCCGUGGAGGUCCUGAUCAUACCAUCGCUUGACGAGGCGGCGUGCUUCCACCCCAUGCCGCAGCCGCCGCUCGACGUGGCGCUGGAGCCGCUGGGCCUGACGGACGCCCUGCAGCCGCUCCGAAGGAUGGGCGUCAAGUUCCUGCCCAACCCCGCGCACGUGCAGGUCAACGGGCUCUGCGUGAGCAUCACGUCCGCGGACGCGCUCACCCCGGUCCUCCGAGAGAUCGUGCUGAGGCCGCAGGGCAAGAAAAUUGAGGAGGCCCACCGGCUGCUGCUGCGGCAGCGCUGCCUCUUCCCAGUGGUGCCGCGGGACCCCGCACAGAUCUCGGAAAAGAGGGCAGCGGCGCUCGACUUCCCUGACCUACUGGAGCCGGACGUUUGCGUCUUCCCCUCCCUUUCCGGCACGCCGACUGGGGCCUUCGUCGACGGCUCGGUCUUCGUGAACCCCGGGUCGCUCUGCCGGCCAGCCGCCCUCGGCACCUUUGCGGACCUGCGCGUGGCGCCGUGCGGGCCGGCGCGGGACGCCGCCGACGGGGCCGGGCUGCGCGGGCGGGCCCGCGUGGACGUGUUCCACGUGCAGGUGCAGAGCUGAGCGGCCACGCGCAGAGGGGGGGCCACGCCCAACCUCCGAGCGGCGCAACGGACUUGCCACGGGGAUGGGCGUGGCUCGGCGUGCGCUCUGUCGCUUCCCGCUCGGGCUGUCGUCGUUCUUGCUUCCCUUCCCUGCCCUGCCCUGCAGACCGCUGGCCUCAGUGGGCGCACUGGAAGUGGGCAAGGUCUUACUGACCGCGCGGUCAACGCUCAAGCGCGGCAUAGCCAGGGCUGCGGCGUGCGAUGGGGGACGCGCACGCCUGUACAUGUAUCGCUACGGCGUGACUCCAAAAACUCAUCAUCCUGCUCGCCUUGGUUUGUACCAGGGAAGGAAUGCGACUCAGUCGCUACUCGAGAGGUCAGCCACCUAAUUAC